AUGAUCAAUGGAAGUGGUAUUUUGAAUGAACGUCUGAUUGAUUUGACAGUGGCUGUUAACUUGACGGGUGUUAUCCAUAGCAAUGUGAUAGCCUUAAAUCAUAUGAGUAAGGCAAAUGGUGGUCUUGGUGGAAUUAUAGUCAAUAUUGCAUCAGUGGCUGGUUUAGAACCGAUGGCCAUUGCUGCCGUGUACUCUGCAACAAAGAGUGCUGUUAUUAGCUUCUCGAAAUCAAUGGCGAAUCCUUGCUAUUAUGAAUACACUAGUGUAAGUUUUAUUACAAUUUGUCCCGGAUCCACAACUACUAAUAUUAUUAGAGACCUAUUUCUAAAAUCUACAUUUCCGCAAUAUUAUGAAGAAAUAAAGGCAACAAUGGAAAAUCAUUCAAAACAAUCACCAGAGGAAUUUGCAAAAGCAUUCGUCAGAAUAUUGGAAGUCGCUGAUAAUGGAACACUGUGGACGGUAAUUGGCGGAAAAUUGGAAAAAGUUGAUGAAUGA